UUAUUUUUUUGGCCAAAAAAUUUUUUUGUACUAGUUUAAGGAACUGGUUAGGAAGUUCCCCAAAAUACACUUAGCGAGCACACUUCCCUUCAAAUGCUUCGCGGCCUGCUCUCUUCAUCUACAACAAUACUUUCCAAACCACCCCAUCCCGAAACCCUUCUCCCAAUAAUUCAAUCCCACGUUGAUUCUUCACAACCAAAAUGCACAACUCCAAUGCCUUCUCCCUACACUUCAACCUUGCAAACUCUCUUAGAACCCAUUUCAGAUCAAAAUCCACCUCACCUGCUAUCCUAUGCACCCCUUUUCCAAUUCUUGACUGCCCAAAACUUCUUAAAGUUAGGCCAACAAAUCCAUGCUCACAUGACCAUUCAUGGGCUCCAACCCAGUGCUUUUCUUGGCGCCAAAAUGGUUGCCAUGUAUGCUAGUUCAGGUGAUCUUGAAUCAGCUGUAACAGUUUUUGAUAAAAUCAAAAACCCAACUUCUUUGUUAUAUAAUUCAAUUAUUAGAGCUUAUACAAAUUAUGGGUACCCUUUGAAAACUAUAGAUAUUUAUUGUAAAAUGCAUUGUUUAGGACUCAAGGGUGAUCAUUUCACGUUUCCUUUUGUACUUAAAUCAUGCACUAAUGUCUUGGAUGGUUGGAUGGGAAAAUGUGUUCAUGGACAAAGUUUGAGAUUUGGGAUGGAGUUUGAUGCUUAUCUCGGGACUUCUUUGAUUGAUUUUUAUGUAAAAAUAGGUGAAUUAAGGGAUGCAAAUAAGAUGUUUGAUCUAAUGACUGUAAGAGCUGUGUCCUCUUGGAAUGCUUUGAUUGCGGGGUAUAUGAAAGAAGGUGAGAUUCGGGUAGCUGAGGACUUGUUUGGGAGAAUGCCGCGUAGGAAUAUAGUUUCUUGGACGGCUAUGAUUUCAGGUUACACCCAAAAUGGGCUAGCUGAGGAGGCAUUGAGUUUGUUUGAUGAGAUGUUGAAAGAAGAUUCUGAGGUUAAGCCCAAUUGGGUAACAAUAAUGAGUGUUUUGCCUGCUUGUGCACAUUCAGCCGCUCUUGAACGCGGGAGACGGAUUAAUGAAUAUGUUAAUAGGAUUGGUUUGGAGUCAAAUACUUCAGUGCAGACUGCACUUAUUGCAAUGUAUGCUAAAUGUGGCAGCCUUGUUGAUGCUCGUUGUUGUUUCAAUAGAAUACCGGAAAAUGAAAAGAAUUUGUGUGCUUGGAAUGCAAUGAUUACUGCUUAUGCUUCUCAUGGUCAGGGUUUGGAAUCUGUGUCAACUUUUGAGAACAUGGUUAGAGCUGCGGUAUACCCUGAUGCCAUCACAUUCACAGGGUUGUUGUCUGGAUGCAGUCAUUCUGGUCUUGUUCAGAUUGGAUUAAAGUACUUUAAUUCUAUGCAGACAGUUUACUCUGUCAAACCAAGACAUGAGCAUUAUGCUUGUGUUGUAGAUCUUUUGGGUCGUGCUGGACGAUUGGUAGAAGCUAAGGAGUUUAUUGAUAAAAUUCCAAUGCAACCGGGACCGAGCAUUUGGGGUGCUUUGUUAGCUGCUUGUAGGAAAAGUAGAAAUUUAGAGAUUGCUGAGAUGGCGGCAAACGAGCUGUUUGUUUUAGAACCAGAAAACAGUUGUAAUUAUAUUCUGCUUUCAAAUAUGUAUGCCGAAGCUGGCAUGUGGAAGGAGGUGGAUAAAUUGAGAGCUCGUUUAAAAUGUCAAGGCAUCAAGAAGAACCCUGGAUGCAGUUGGAUUGAGAUCAAUGGAAAACCGCACUUGUUCCUUAGUGGAGAUGCAUCUCACCCUCAGGCGAAGGAAAUAUAUAACCUGAUGCAAGCAUUGCCGGAAAAAAUAAAGGCAGCUGGUUAUACACCUAAUACCAGUUUUGUGUUGCAUGACAUUAGUGAAGAAGAGAAAGAACAUAACCUCAUUACUCAUAGUGAAAAGCUGGCCAUUGCUUUUGGGCUAAUUAACACAACCCCUGAAGUAGUUCUUCGCAUAACUAAAAACCUCCGAAUCUGUGGGGAUUGUCACACAGUUAUCAAGUUCAUAUCAAAAAUUUAUGGAAGAGAAAUUGUUGUGAGAGAUGUGAAUCGUUUCCAUCACUUCAGAGAAGGUGCUUGUUCCUGUGGGGACUAUUGGUAAUUAGGAACAGCAUUAAGAGUGUGAGACAUAAGAGAGUCUCGGACUCUUUCUGUGGCAGUGUGGCCUGCACCUGUAGAACUCUUUGAAAGCCAGUUUUAAGUAAAAGCUUAAAAAAUUUGACUCAUAAAUUUCUAUUAUUUU